AUGGAGGAAGCUAGUCUGUGCCUUGGUGUUUCUUCAGCAGGACCAGAAGCCGAGGUCCACCUCAACAGCUCCCUGCUCAAUGGCCAGUAUUCAAUGAGUCAGAAGUUGCACCAGAUCACUUCCCAGCUCACUCAUGCCUUUCCUGAGCUUCAGUCCAGACAGAGCCCUGAGGAAAAGGCAGUGGCCCUUCUAGAAGACAAGAGCCACGUUUCAUUAGCCAACCAGCCUAUCAGCAGUCAGAUGGCCCUCUUGGCCAACCAACUCAACCGGGAAGUCGAUACCAGUUUAAACGGGAGGGUAGAUCUACAGCAGUUCUUAAAUGGACAAAACCUAGGCAUUAUGUCUCAGAUGAGCGACAUAGAGGACGAUGCUAGGAAGAACAGGAAAUACCCAUGUCCCCUGUGUGGGAAGCGCUUUCGGUUUAACAGCAUCCUGUCCCUACACAUGCGCACCCAUACUGGGGAGAAACCAUUUAAGUGCCCCUAUUGUGACCACAGAGCAGCUCAGAAGGGAAACUUGAAGAUACACCUGCGUACUCACAAGCUUGGAAACCUGGGCAAAGGCCGUGGGAGGGUCCGAGAAGAGAACCGGCUCUUGCAUGAGCUGGAAGAACGUGCCAUCCUGAGGGACAAGCAGAUGAAAAGCAGCCUCCUGCAACCCAGGCCUGAUGUCAAAGCCCACCCUCACACUCAGCCCAUCCCUCUGACUAAUUGCAACCUGCCCAUGUCCACAAACCACCACGCCCCUGAUAUCUCGAACCCGGUUCCCUCUCCGAAACCUGCCAGCGUCCAGGAAGAAGUGGUUGCCACGGCUGCUGGGUUUAGGUGUACUUUUUGCAAAGGGAAGUUCAAGAAGCGAGAGGAGCUGGACCGGCACAUCCGGAUCCUCCACAAGCCUUACAAGUGUACGUUGUGUGACUUUGCGGCAUCCCAGGAGGAGGAGCUGAUCAGCCACGUGGAAAAAGCCCACAUCACUGCCGAGUCCGCUCAGGGCCAGGGUUCCAAUGGAAACGGGGAGCAGGCGGCCAAUGAAUUCCGGUGCGAAGUGUGUGGCCAGGUCUUCAGCCAAGCCUGGUUCCUGAAAGGCCACAUGAGGAAGCACAAGGACUCCUUUGAGCACUGUUGCCAAAUCUGUGGGAGGCGCUUCAAGGAGCCAUGGUUCCUCAAGAAUCACAUGAAGGUCCAUCUGAACAAGUUGUCAGUGAAGAACAAACCCCCCAGUGACUCUGAAGUCCACAUGCCUGUGGGGAGCAUGUCCCAGGAAGCUCACGCCAACCUGUACUCCAGAUAUUUGUCCUGUUUGCAGAGUGGUUUCCUGCCCCCAGACAAAGCUGGCCUCGGUGAGCAGAACCAGGCCUACGGUAAAGGAGAUUUGCCCAUGAAAGAACGCGAAGUCCUGGGCAAGCUCCUGUCUCCUAUUGCUAGCAUCGGGCAUAGUCUUGCUGAAGGGGACAAACAUUCCUUAUUGGGUUGUCUUAACCUUGUGCCUCCACUCAAAUCGAGCUGCAUAGAGAGGCUGCAGGCUGCCGCCAAAGCUGCUGAGAUGGACCCUGUAAACAGCUAUCAAGCUUGGCAGCUCAUGGCAAGGGGAAUGGCCAUGGAACAUGGUUUUCUGACAAAAGAGCACCAGAUUCAGCGGAGCCACGAAGACCCUUUGGCAAACGCUGGAGUUCUGUUUGAUAAGGAGAAGCGGGAGUAUGUGUUAGUAGGAGCAGAUGGUUCCAAGCAGAAAAUGCCUGCUGAUUUGGUUCACAGCACUAAAAUGGGCAGUCAGAGAGACUUGUCAAACAAACUGGACCGUUUGGAAGGGGGCAGAGAUUUCCUGCCUCACGGUAUGAAUCCGGGGCUCGACUACAACAUGCAGAGUCAUGGCGGUGCCAAGGAAAAGCCCACAGAGUGUCCUGACUGCGGGCGAGUUUUCAGAACCUACCACCAAGUGGUGGUUCAUUCCAGGGUCCACAAGAGGGACAGGAAGGUGGAAGAUGAGAUCCUCCAGGGGAGCAUCGAUGAACGGCGUGGGUCUGGAAGCGAUCAGGAAUCCCAGUCCGUCAGCCGAUCGACCACUCCCGGCUCCUCCAACAUCACUGAGGAAAGUGGGAUGGGAGGAGGCCUCUCACAGACCGGAAGCGCUCAGGAAGACAGUCCCCAUCCAUCUUCACCUUCUUCCUCAGAUGUUGGAGAGGAAGCUGGAAGAUCUGCCGGUGGCCAGCAGCAAUCACUAUUGAGAGAUAGGAACCUUGGGUCUGCCAUGAAGGACUGUCCCUACUGUGGGAAAACAUUCAGGACAUCUCAUCACUUAAAAGUUCACUUGAGGAUACACACAGGUGAGAAGCCUUACAAGUGUCCCCACUGUGAUUAUGCUGGUACCCAAUCUGCAUCCUUGAAAUACCACCUGGAACGACACCACCGGGAGCGGCAGAAUGGCGCUGGGUCACUUUCUGGACAGUCUCAAAGUCAAGAGCACAAAGAGGAAACAUCCAGUAAAGGGUCCAUGUUCGUGAGACCUGAAGUAUUGAGAGGAGCUUUCAAGGGUCUUCCUGGCAUAGAUUUCCGAAGUGGGAUGGGAUCUCAACAGUGGUCACCAGGAAUGCUUUCCCCAGGAGAUCAUCCAGGUCAUUCAGCUGGAAUCUCCUCUGAGGUUUCUUCAGAUAACAUGAAGGACACACCUUCCAAAGGGACACAUUUUUCUGACCUGGGCCGAGCAUAUCAUAGUAUGGUUGGAAAUGCAGUAAACUUCCAAGGGUCUCUUCAGGCUUUUAUGGACAGCUUUGUCCUCAGUUCCUUAAAGAAAGAAAAAGAAAAGAAAGAUAAAGUCCUGUCCAGUUGCCUUUCUGCAAAACUGUUGGGUUCAGAGACUAGUGAGGAAAAGGUCCCCAUUAAACAGAGAAAAACAGAAAAAUCACAAUAUGAACCUCUCGAUCUCUCUGUCAGGCCAGAUGCAGGCACUCUUCCAGGUUCAUCCAUUACUGUUCAAGACAAUAUUGCGUGGCAUGGCUGCUUGUUUUGUUCCUUCACAACCUCUUCUAUGGAACUGAUGGCUCUUCAUCUUCAAGCUAAUCAUUUAGGCAAAGCAAAACGUAAAGAUGGUGCUCUAGGAUCAAUUAGAAAUGGUAAAGACCAACCUAGGGAGGUGGUGGCUUCAACCAAUAAAGCCAACCUGCUACCAACUUCUUUACAGUCCAAUAAAGAUUUAGCAGUUUCAAAUCUGAUUGCUCAAGUGGAUGCUUCUGAAAGAAUGACCCAAGCAUCCAAGGAUUCUCCUGGAGAGCAAAAGAAUUCCUCGUGGCCUGGUCACGUGGACUCUACCUUUUAUAAUUUUGCAGCUGACUUCUAUAAGCAAUUUGGCGUCUACUCUGGCGUCAGUGGAGCACACAAUUCUUGUACCACUGCGGACAUGGACCUCAAAACCCAUUCUGAAGAUGACCCACUCAUGAUGCUUUCUGAUCCCAUCAAUAAAAAUGCUACUGAUGACCUGUCCGACAUUGCAUCCUCUGAAGAUAUGGAGUCUUCCAAGGAAGAAACUAUUGAUGAGGAUGACCUUGAACCCGAAUCUGACCUUAUGAACCAACCCUUGCCCAACCCAAGCAAAGAUAGCAGUGACAGAGGAGACAGCCUACAAAGCUCCAUAACCUCCAAAAACUCACAAGGACUCAUUUCUCCUUUGCCAUCUUCUGAAAAGCAAUGGCACACUUUGAAUCUGCUUUCCCCCCAAGAAGCCGCACAAGUAGUCAUGAAACCCGAACCAACAUCAACCCCACAAGUCCUGGAGAAGCAAGUAAACAUGCUGUCGGUCCUAAGAGCCUACAGCUCUGAUGGCUUAGCAGCCUUUAAUGGACUGAGUAGUAGCACAGGAAGUAGUGGAUAUAUCAAGAGACCUGACUUGUGUGGUCACAGGCCUUUUCAGUGCAGAUACUGCCCCUACAGUGCCUCUCAGAAGGGAAAUCUGAAGACUCACGUUCUCUGUGUCCAUCGCAUGCCUUUUGACAAUAGCCAGUACCCAGAUCGCAGGUUCAAGCGCUCCAGAGUUGACUCCGAGACUUCUGGGACUUUAGAAGAACCUUCCGCUGUCAAACCUGGCAGCUCAGCGGAGUUAACCGAGGAGGGCAGCAAGCUUCACGAAUAAUGCAACCGAACAACUCAAAACUGUGCACUGCAAUAUUACUUUAGAGUUUUACGACACGCAUUGGGAUCACGGAGCGUGAGCUUAAAAUGGCCUUCUGUGGACAGUCCUUCCUUCCAUUUGUGCAAAUGCUCAGAA